AUGUCUGGUAUUCUCGACAUCACUGGACGUGUAGCCAUCGUCACCGGCUCAUCAUCUGGCAAUGGUCGUGCAAUUGCCCUCGCCAGCGAAGGAGCUAGCGUGGUUUGCAGCGACUUGACUCCCGAAGUCCGAUCUGGAGGCUACGAGCAGGUGCAAACUCCCACGCACGAGGAGAUUCAACAAACUUUGAAAGGGAAAGCUAUCUUUCAAAAAGCGGACGUAAGUUCUGAGGAUGAUGUGAAAGCCUUGGUACAGCUAGCAGCCGAGCGCUAUGGGAGGCUGGACAUCAUGGUGAAUAAUGCUGGCAUCUUUUGCGGUCUCAAUAACAUUGUAAACGAGCCCGUUAUGGCAUUUGACAAGACCAUGGCUGUGAACACUCGCGGCGUUUUCCUUGGCAUGAAAUUCGCCAUUACGCAGAUGAUGAAACAAGACCCCUUACCGUCUGGCGAACGUGGUUGGAUUGUCAAUAUUGCUUCAAUCGGUGACCAGGUCGGCUUGGCUCUAGAGCCCUCGUAUUGCGCAAGCAAAGGGGCAGUUGUAAAUCUUACUCGACAAGUCGCCGUAGACUAUGCCCCCGAAAAGAUUCACGUCAACGCCGUUUGCCCUGGUUUCUUAGCGACCGCGAUGGUGCGGUCAUUCCUCGACGGAAAAGAUACGAGCGCCAUGUUGCAUUCUCAAAGCCCUUGGCCGCAUUUAGGAACCCCUGAGGAUGUUGCCAAGGCGGUCCUAGUGCUUAGUGGUCCUGCUGCUAGCUGGAUGACUGGUAGUUUUAUCAAUGUGGAUGGCGGUUUCAUCGCUAAGUAG